GCUUACAGGAAGCGUCGAAGAUUAUUUGGGUCGAAUAUAAUCAACCGUCGCACUGGAACCGCGAAGCACGGGAUUAUAGCCGCUGUUGGUUGGUUCCUCUAAGACCAUUACUUAUAACGGACUGGUCAUGAGUCCAUGACCAAUCGGAGAAUUAACGGGAAGGAUUUUGGUCCAUUCGUUGUUCACUAGCGAUGAAUCGGAUUGUGAUGUGGAGUUUUGUGAGAGGUGUGGCUAAUAAUAGCCGGAGAUUUGGUUCGGUUGCCGGUCUUGGCGGUGGCGGCAGCGGCGGCGGCGGUGGUGGUGGUGGUUGUCUGAGGGUUACUUUGACGGCGAUGGCGUCUCCGGGAACGAGGUAUCAAUCGGUGGCGAAUGAGGGGUUUCACUGGCGGAGGAUGAUGAGCUCGUCGACGGCGGUGGCGGAAGAACAGGGGAUGAAGAACGUUGAGAAUCAGGGGAAAGAGAAGGAAAAGGAAAAGGAAAAGGAGAAUGCUCUGGUUUCUAGCUAUUGGGGGAUUUACAGGCCGAGGAUUACAAGGGAAGAUGGAUCUGAAUGGCCAUGGAAUUGUUUUAUGCCGUGGGAUACUUACAGUGCGAAUUUGUCCAUUGAUCUUGGAAAGCACCAUGAGCCGAAAUGUUUUCUUGAUAAAUUUGCUUAUCGUGUUGUGAAGGUUCUUCGAAUCCCAACAGAUUUGUUCUUCCAGAGGCGCUACGGUUGUCGAGCAGUGAUGCUCGAAACGGUGGCAGCCGUCCCGGGGAUGGUCGCCGGGAUGCUGCUGCACUUGAAAUCUCUCAGGAAGUUUCAGCACAGUGGUGGGUGGAUCAAGGCCUUGCUUGAAGAAGCAGAGAAUGAAAGGAUGCAUCUAAUGACGAUGAUUGAGCUUGUGCAGCCCAAGUGGUAUGAGCGGCUGCUUGUGAUCACAGUGCAGGGAGUGUUUUUCAAUGCGUUCUUUGUGCUCUACUUGACGUCCCCCAAAUUGGCUCAUAGAAUUGUUGGGUAUUUGGAGGAGGAAGCCAUCCAUUCUUACACCGAGUACUUGAAGGAUAUCAACGAAGGGAAGAUCGAGAACGUGCCCGCUCCGGCCAUCGCCAUUGACUACUGGCGGCUGCCUAAGGAUGCAAGGCUGAAGGAUGUCAUCACGGUGAUUCGGGCCGAUGAGGGGCACCACCGCGACGUCAACCAUUUCGCUUCUGACAUCCAUUUUCAAGGAAAGGAACUGAGAGAAUCAGCAGCCCCUCUUGGAUAUCACUGAAGUGGAAAUGGUUAUAGGUAAUGUGUCGUAAUUUGUAAAUACAUCAAAUCUCACUCGAAUUUACGGAAUGUACGUCCAAUAAAGACCUUGAUUGGUUUAUUAGGUAUAUGGUCUAUAUGAUUGCAUGUAGUUUGAAUUGUUCUUUUUUCUCGAAAAUAAAAAGUUAUAGAUAUGUACAUGUUGUUCCAUUUCACUUUUUU